ACUUAUUGUCUGAAAAUAACCAUUACGAAUCAUUGAGCUCCAUCCGAUCAUGUUCCUCAUCUGCAGCUGCAACCCUUGACACCGACGACUACAGCUGGUCCGACUGGGUGGAUUCCUACAGUAUUAGGGGAGGAGAGGAGUUCUCAGUGACAGGCUUCAUGCGACGAUCAAGGAAAAAUGCCGAAAAGGCAGGGAUAUGCGACUGCCCUAUGGACAUUGAGUGUAGAACGAAGAGCUCAAACAAAAACAUUCCACUCAAUAGUAAAAACUCCAAUGGCAUCAGGUUCUCGGAUGCAUUGAAAUUGGCUGGCCCUAACUCAGGAUUGAAAUGCUUGAAGAGCAGGAACACACGGAAGUGCCCUAAAGUACAAUGCAGGACAUUCUGUCAAAAUGGUAAUGGAAACUGUAAAACAAACGACGACUGUGGCGACAAGCAAUGCGAAGACACAUCCCGUGGACACAGAUGCAACAACACCCCGAAGAAAGCUGUUGGCUGUCUGUACCCCUUCUCCUUCCAGUGUAGAACUACCCAAAUAGACUUCCAGGGCGCUAAGUGCAUAUCAAGCGGAGACCCACAUACGUCCACUUUCGACAGCUGUACACUGAAACCGACCAUCCGCAAAGGGAAGAAGCAUUAUCCAAAGAUCGAUUUCAUGGGCGUAUGCAAAUAUAGAAUGGCUGGUUGUGUGAGCGCGUCGUGCCCGGAGAAAUGGGAGGUUAUAGCUGAUAACUGGAAACGUGAUAGACCCAACGGCGUUCCUUCAUGGACGAAAUCUAUCACCUUUGAAGGUUGUGGAACAACAAUUAAGAUCGGACAGAGGCCUAGGAAUCGUGGCAGACCAGAAUUCCUUGUGGGAGGAAACUCCGAUAGCCCGACCCAGUGUGGAGAAUGCUUUUCGUGCUAUUGCGCAGGUAAAUUCAUCAUCUGUACCACGAGUUAUGGCGUCCAGUUUGGUUUUGAUGGCGACAAGACAGCAUUUGUCAAGGUGGACAAACGUUUUGCUAGCAAAGUCAAUGGUAUCUGUGGUAACUUCAACGACAACGGUGCGGAUGAUUUCUUGAUGAAGAACGGCGAAAAGCCACCAGGUAAAGGUAGCAGAGAACAGGAGAGAAAUCUCGGACAGCAAUGGCUUAUUCCUGGCGAGGAUGAAGAUGCUGAAGAUUGCCAAAAGGAACCGGGAGUCUUGAAUGACUGCAAGGAAGAAGACGAAAAGGUGGCAGCCGGCGAUGAUGCCUGUGGAAUGAUCAACAGCGAAACCAUCUUCCCGUUGGUCGAUGAAGCAACGAGGACCCAGUACUAUAAGUCCUGUGUUGCUGAUUACUGCAACACUAAAGAGGACGAAGAUAUUUGCACCAUACUUCAAGCGAUGGCUGAAAUUGCGAGAGACAAAAAUGAAAUGGCUGCUAUUUCAUAUCUGGAUAAAACCAACAACCGAUGUCCAACCCCAACCUGUGGUGAAAAUGAAAUAUAUGGCAAUUAUAAAUGUCAAGAAUCCUGUACCGAUGAGCCAAACCAAGCUUGCCCUGUGUCAUCCUUCAAACCAGGAUGUCACUGCAAUGAUAACUACGUCCUAAGUGGCAGCAAGUGUGUGUUGCCAUCCGAAUGUGGAUGUAGAAUGCCCAAUGGACAAUAUCUUGGUCUUGGAAGGACUGCCUACAUCAAUUGUAACCGAAAACUGACUUGCGAAAAGCGUGGGGAUGAAAGACCGGAAAUUGUAUUUGAAAGGGAUCUCCUGUGCAGACCGGAAGAAUGUGGCAAUAACAGAUGCUUCUGCGGGCGUGGUCGCAGGAGAGAGGGAAAAAGAUGUGUGGACAAACCAGCCCAGCACAGAUGUUCACGAGGUUUCAUGAGAGUAGGGUCCUUAUGCGUGGCUCAUAUCUCUGUCCCCAAUGUCUGGACACAAGCUGCACGGAUGUGCGCUAGACUAGCCGACACCGCCACUCUGUUCCGCGUUGACGAGGAGGAAGAUAAGACCACACUGAGGAAGUACAUACGAAAGGUCGUUAGAUCCAAAGGAGGAAAGCGUAGGCGAAGUCGUGGCAAGAAACGUGGACGAGGAAAGCGUAGGCGAAGUCGUGGCAAGAAACGUGGACGAGGAAAGCGUAGGCGAAGUCGUGGCAAGAAACGUGGACGAGGAAAGCGUAGGCGAAGUCGUGGCAAGAAACGUGGACGAGGAAAACGUAGGCGAAGUCGUGGCAAGAAACGUGGACGAGGAAAGCGUAGGCGAAGUCGUGGCAAGAAACGUGGACGAGGAAAGCGUAGGCGAAGUCGUGGCAAGAAACGUGGACGAGGAAAGCGUAGGCGAAGUCGUGGCAAGAAACGUGGACGAGGAAAGCGUAGGCGAAGUCGUGGCAAGAAACGUGGACGAGGAAAACGUAGGCGAAGUCGUGGCAAGAAACGUGGACGAGGAAAGCGUAGGCGAAGUCGUGGCAAGAAACGUGGACGAGGAAAGCGUAGGCGAAGUCGUGGCAAGAAACGUGGACGAGGAAAGCGUAGGCGAAGUCGUGGCAAGAAACGUGGACGAGGAAAGCGUAGGCGAAGUCGUGGCAAGAAACGUGGACGAGGAAAGCGUAGGCGAAGUCGUGGCAAGAAACGUGGACGAGGAAAGCGUAGGCGAAGUCGUGGCAAGAAACGUGGACGAGGAAAGCGUAGGCGAAGUCGUGGCAAGAAACGUGGACGAGGAAAGCGUAGGCGAAGUCGUGGCAAGAAACGUGGACGAGGAAAGCGUAGGCGAAGUCGUGGCAAGAAACGUGGACGAGGAAAGCGUAGGCGAAGUCGUGGCAAGAAACGUGGACGAGGAAAACGUAGGCGAAGUCGUGGCAAGAAACGUGGACGAGGAAAGCGUAGGCGAAGUCGUGGCAAGAAACGUGGACGAGGAAAGCGUAGGCGAAGUCGUGGCAAGAAACGUGGACGAGGAAAGCGUAGGCGAAGUCGUGGCAAGAAACGUGGACGAGGAAAGCGUAGGCGAAGUCGUGGCAAGAAACGUGGACGAGGAAAACGUAGGCGAAGUCGUGGCAAGAAACGUGGACGAGGAAAGCGUAGGCGAAGUCGUGGCAAGAAACGUGGACGAGGAAAGCGUAGGCGAAGUCGUGGCAAGAAACGUGGACGAGGAAAGCGUAGGCGAAGUCGUGGCAAGAAACGUGGACGAGGAAAGCGUAGGCGAAGUCGUGGCAAGAAACGUGGACGAGGAAAGCGUAGGCGAAGUCGUGGCAAGAAACGUGGACGAGGAAAGCGUAGGCGAAGUCGUGGCAAGAAACGUGGACGAGGAAAGCGUAGGCGAAGUCGUGGCAAGAAACGUGGACGAGGAAAGCGUAGGCGAAGUCGUGGCAAGAAACGUGGACGUAUCAUCUAUUAUGAAGAGGAAAACGUAGGCGAAGUCGUGGCAAGAAACGUGGACGAGGAAAGCGUAGGCGAAGUCGUGGCAAGAAACGUGGACGAGGAAAGCGUAGGCGAAGUCGUGGCAAGAAACGUGGACGAGGAAAGCGUAGGCGAAGUCGUGGCAAGAAACGUGGACGAGGAAAGCGUAGGCGAAGUCGUGGCAAGAAACGUGGACGAGGAAAGCGUAGGCGAAGUCGUGGCAAGAAACGUGGACGAGGAAAGCGUAGGCGAAGUCGUGGCAAGAAACGUGGACGAGGAAAGCGUAGGCGAAGUCGUGGCAAGAAACGUGGACGAGGAAAGCGUAGGCGAAGUCGUGGAAAGAAACGUGGACGAGGAAAGCGUAGGCGAAGUCGUGGAAAGAAACGUGGACGAGGAAAGCGUAGGCGAAGUCGUGGCAAGAAACGUGGACGAGGAAAGCGUAGGCGAAGUCGUGGCAAGAAACGUGGACGAGGAAAGCGUAGGCGAAGUCGUGGCAAGAAACGUGGACGAGGAAAGCGUAGGCGAAGUCGUGGCAAGAAACGUGGACGAGGAAAGCGUAGGCGAAGUCGUGGCAAGAAACGUGGACGAGGAAAGCGUAGGCGAAGUCGUGGAAAGAAACGUGGACGAGGAAAGCGUAGGCGAAGUCGUGGAAAGAAACGUGGACGAGGAAAGCGUAGGCGAAGUCGUGGCAAGAAACGUGGACGAGGAAAGCGUAGGCGAAGUCGUGGCAAGAAACGUGGACGAGGAAAGCGUAGGCGAAGUCGUGGCAAGAAACGUGGACGAGGAAAGCGUAGGCGAAGUCGUGGCAAGAAACGUGGACGAGGAAAGCGUAGGCGAAGUCGUGGCAAGAAACGUGGACGAGGAAAGCGUAGGCGAAGUCGUGGCAAGAAACGUGGACGAGGAAAACGUCGACGAGAACGAGGCAAGAAACGUCGACGUCGACGUAAAGGCAGGCGCUCUAAGAGGAAGAUUAAAACCUGAGUUUUUCGGGAGAAGAAGAGGAAGAGGAGGAAGGAGAACGAGAGGCAGAGGUCGCAGAGGUCGCAGAGGUAACAGAAAGCGCAGAGGUCGCAGAGGCCGCAGAGGCCGCAGAGGGAGCAGAGGGAGCAGAAAGCGCAGAGGUCGCAGAGGCCGUAGAGGCCGCAGAGGUCGCAGAGGCCGCAGAGGUAGCAGAAAGCGCAGAGGUCGCAGAGGUAACAGAAAGCGCAGAGGUCGCAGAGGUCGCAGAGGUCGCAGAGGUCGCAGAGGCCGCAGAGGGAGCAGAGGUCGCAGAGGCCGCAGAGGGCGCAGAGGUAACACAAAGCGCAGAGGUCGCAGAGGCCGUAAAGGUCGCAGAGGCCGCAGAGGGAGCAGAAAGCGCAGAGGUCGCAGAGGCCGCAGAGGCCGCAGAGGGCGCAGAGGGCGCAGAGGGAGCAGAGGCAACAGAAAGCGCAGAGGUCGCAGAGGCCGCAGAGGCCGCAGAGGCCGCAGAGGGAGCAGAGGGAGCAGAAAGCGCAGAGGUCGCAGAGGCCGUAGAGGCCGCAGAGGUCGCAGAGGUCGCAGAGGCCGCAGAGGUAGCAGAAAGCGCAGAGGUCGCAGAGGUAACAGAAAGCGCAGAGGUCGCAGAGGUCGCAGAGGUCGCAGAGGCCGCAGAGGGAGCAGAGGUCGCAGAGGCCGCAGAGGCCGCAGAGGGCGCAGAGGUAACACAAAGCGCAGAGGUCGCAGAGGCCGUAAAGGUCGCAGAGGCCGCAGAGGGAGCAGAGGCCGCAGAGGUCGCAGAGGGCGCAGAGGGCGCAGAGGGAGCAGAGGCAACAAGGCCGCAGAGGCCGCAGAGGUCGCAGAGGUAGCAGAGGCCGUAGAGGCCGCAGAGGGCGCAGAGGUAGCAGAGGCAACAGAAAGCGCAAAGGUCGCAGAGGCCGCAGAGGCCGCAGAGGCCGUAGAGGCCGCAGAGGGCGCAGAGGGCGCAGAGGUAGCAGAGGCAACAGAAAGCGCAAAGGUCGCAGAGGCCGCAGAGGGAGCAGAGGCAACAGAAAGCGCGGAGGUCGCAGAGGCCGCAGAGGCCGUAGAGGCCGCAGAGGGCGCAGAGGGCGCAGAGAGGUCGCAGAGGGCGCAGAGGGCGCAGAGGGCGCAGAGCGCAAAGGUCGCAGAGGCCGCAGAGGGAGCAGAGGCAACAGAAAGCGCAGAGGCCGCAGAGGCCGCAGAGGCAACAGAAAACGCAGAGGGAGCAGAGGGCGCAGAGGCCGCAGAGGCCGCAGAGGGCGCAGAGGGCGCAGAGGGCGCAGAGGUAACAGAAAGCGCAGAGGUCGCAGAGGCAGUAGAGGUCGCAGAGGCCGCAGAGGCCGCAGAGGGAGCAGAGGCAACAGAAAGCGCAGAGGGAGCAGAGGCCGCAGAGGCCGCAGAGGGAGCAGAGGCAACAGAAAGCGUAGAGGGAGCAGAGGCCGCAGAGGCCGCAGAGGCCGCAGAGGGGGCAGAGGCCGCAGAGGCCGCAGAGGCCGCAGAGGCCGCAGAGGCCGCAGAGGGAGCAGAGGCAACAGAAAGCGUAGAGGGAGCAGAGGGCGCAGAGGCCGCAGAGGCCGCAGAGGGAGCAGAGGCAACAGAAAGCGUAGAGGGAGCAGAGGGCGCAGAGGGCGCAGAGGCCGCAGAGGGGGCAGAGGCCGCAGAGGCCGCAGAGGCCGCAGAGGCCGCAGAGGGAGCAGAGGCAACAGAAAGCGUAGAGGGAGCAGAGGGCGCAGAGGCCGCAGAGGCCGCAGAGGGGGCAGAGGCCGCAGAGGCCGCAGAGGCCGCAGAGGCCGCAGAGGCCGCAGAGGCCGCAGAGGGAGCAGAGGCAACAGAAAGCGUAGAGGGAGCAGAGGGCGCAGAGGGCGCAGAGGCCGCAGAGGGGGCAGAGGCCGCAGAGGCCGCAGAGGCCGCAGAGGCCGCAGAGGCCGCAGAGGGAGCAGAGGCAACAGAAAGCGUAGAGGGAGCAGAGGGCGCAGAGGCCGCAGAGGCCGCAGAGGCCGCAGAGGCCGCAGAGGGAGCAGAGGCAACAGAAAGCGUAGAGGGAGCAGAGGGCGCAGAGGCCGCAGAGGCCGCAGAGGCCGCAGAGGGAGCAGAGGCAACAGAAAGCGUAGAGGGAGCAGAGGGCGCAGAGGCCGCAGAGGCCGCAGAGGCCGCAGAGGCCGCAGAGGGAGCAGAGGCAACAGAAAGCGUAGAGGGAGCAGAGGGCGCAGAGGCCGCAGAGGCCGCAGAGGCCGCAGAGGCCGCAGAGGCCGCAGAGGGAGCAGAGGCAACAGAAAGCGUAGAGGGAGCAGAGGGCGCAGAGGGGGCAGAGGCCGAAGAGGCCGCAGAGGCCGCAGAGGGAGCAGAGGCCGCAGAGGCCGCAGAGGGGGCAGAGGCCGCAGAGGGAGCAGAGGCAACAGAAAGCGUAGAGGGAGCAGAGGGCGCAGAGGUCGCAGAGGCCGCAGAGGCGGAAGAGGCCGCAGAGGCCGCAGAGGCCGCAGAGGCCGCAGAGGGAGCAGAGGCAACAGAAAGCGCAGAGGGAGCAGAGGGCGCCGCAGAGGCCGCAGAGGUAACAGAAAGCGCAGAGGUCGCAGAGGCCGUAGAGGUCGCAGAGGCCGUAGAGGUCGCAGAGGCCGUAGAGGUCGUAGAGGCCGCAGAGGGAGCAGAAGGCGCAGAGGGCGCAGAGGUCGCAGAGGCCGCAGAGGCCGCAGAGGUCGCAGAGGCCGCAGAGGACGCAGAGGCAGCAGAGGCAACCAAAAGCGCAGAGGGAGGAGAGGGCGCAGAGGCCGUAGAGGUCGCAGAGGCCGCAGAGGUAACAGAAAGCGCAGAGGUCGCAGAGGCCGUAGAGGUCGCAGAGGCCGUAGAGGUCGCAGAGGCC